AUGAUACGCAUCCGGAUGCUCUCGGGUGACGAGCUGAUGAGCCUGCCUGUGGAGGAGUUCACAAACGUGAAGUCCUUGAAACAGCGUCUGAAUCAGCUGCACGGCAUGCCACCACGGUUUCGGCAGCAGCUUCUUCUGAAUGAACAAAGUUUGGUUGAUGAGGCCAAAAUAGAAGCCGCUCCGAUGGACUUGGAUGUCGUGGUGCUCACUUUCGCGGAGGUCUCGCAGCAGCAAGCCAACGAGCUCGUUGCUGCUGCCGAUGUGGGUUCUGCGGAACUGGUGGAGAUGAUGCUGCAGGUCCCACAAGAUCCCAACUUGGCGAAUGAGCGUGGGGACCGUCCUCUGACAGAGGCUUCCCUAGGUGGCCACGUUGAAGUUGUGCGAGUACUGCUCGAAGCUGGAGCAGACAAGGAUCUUCCAACCAGCAAUGGCUCCACGCCUCUGCUUCUGGCAUGCCAGAAGGGCCAUGUCGAAGUCGUCUGUCUUCUGUUGGAAAGAGAUGCCAACACAAAUGUCGCGACCAAAGAUGGCGCCACGGCUUUGAUGUUGGCAGCUGGAGGCGGAUAUGUUGAAGUUGUAAAGCUUUUAAUGGACGCGGGCGCUAAGAAGGACUUGGCAACCUACCAAAGUGGCUUCACUGCUUUGAUGCUCUGUUCACAGCUUGGACACGCUGAAGCUGCUGGUCUGCUACUGGAGGCAGGUGCCGACAAGGAUGUGCCAACCUGCGACGGCGUCACGGCUUUGAUGCUGACAUCCGAGAAAGGCCAUGCCAGCGUCGUACGACUGCUCCUAGAGGCCAGGGCUGUCAUGGACUCGGCUACGCCGGGCAACGGCAACACUGCACUGUUACUGGCAUCGCGGCAUGGUCAUUUGGAGGUGGUGCGCUUACUCCUGGAGUUCGGAGCUGAUAAGGAUCUCGCGACUCUCGAAGGAGGUACUGCCCUUAUGCUGGCAGCACAGGAAGGUCAUGUGGAAAUUGCGAGGUUGCUGCUGGACAUGGGUGCAAGCAAGGAUUUGACAACGAGCAACGGCACCACUGCGUUGAUGCUGGCAUCUGGCGAAGGACAUCUCGGAGUCUUGCAGCUGCUUCUGAACGCCGGCGCUGACAAGAACUUAGCCACCCAUGGCGGCAAGAAACGGUCUGGCUGA